ACCAUCUACUAACUACAUCACAAGGAUAUCAUAAUUGUCAUCCAAUAAGCUUUCCUUUUCUUAUUACCCAAGACACAACACUCAUCCAUCAUGGGCCUUUUGGAUCACGUCAACAGUGCUGGCUCAAAGCUAACCGGAAAGCCAGGCAAAGAUGACGCACCGCCCGAAGGAGCAGCUGCUGAUGAUACAGAAGAACUAGAUGAGGAGAACGGUAACAUUUUAAUGAGCUUAAUCGGACAAUUAAGAAUCGGAAUGGAUUUAAGUAAAGUUACUUUACCAACCUUUGUCUUAGAACCAAGGAGUAUGUUGGAACGUAUUACCGAUUUCAUGAGUCAUCCCGAUUUGAUCUUUGGAGCAGGACAGAUUGACGAUCCCGAAAGAAGAUUUUUGCAAGUUACCCGUUAUUAUCUUUCCGGAUGGCAUAUCAAACCAAAAGGUGUAAAGAAGCCAUACAAUCCUGUCUUGGGUGAGCAUUUCCGAUGCUCUUACAAAUACCCAAAUGACACUCAAGGUUUCUAUAUCGCCGAACAAGUUUCUCAUCAUCCUCCGAUCAGCGCAUACUUUUACUGCUCUCCCGAAAACAAUUUGAUGAUCUAUGGUGAACUAAAGCCAAAGAGUAAAUUCCUUGGAAAUUCAGCAGCCAACAUGAUGGGAGGCGAGAAUAGAGUGGUUCUUCUCGAUCGAUUGGACGAUGGUGAAUAUCAAGUUGAAAUGCCAAAUAUGUACGCAAGAGGUAUCCUUUUCGGAAAGAUGGUACUAGAAUUGGGAGAUCAUUCAAAGAUUAGAAAUGAGGCAAACGAUAUCACAGCUGAUGUCGAAUUCAAGACCAAGGGAUACUUCACUGGAACAUAUAACGCUCUCGCAGGUAAGGUAACACAUAAAGGAAAGCAUAUCGGAGAUAUAAGCGGAAAAUGGAACGAAAGCAUGGAGUACAAGGACACAAAGAGUGGUGAAACAGAAACCUUGUUUGAUGCAAAAGGAGCUAAAACUGUUCAAAAAAUUGUCAGGCCUGAAGAAGAACAAGAAGAAUUUGAAUCAAGAAGGCUAUGGUCAAAAGUUACAGAAGGUAUCAAAGAGAAAAAUCUGGACAAAGCAACAGAUAGUAAAUCAGCAAUCGAAGAAGCACAAAGACAAAGAGGAAGAGAACGCGAAGAAAAGGGUGAAACAUGGCAGCCAAAGUACUUUGUUGCAAAAGGUGAAAAAUUCUAUCCAAUCGUUGAUGCGUUACCAGAAGAGAUGCAAUCUGACGUUGUCAAGAAGUACUUUUCCAACAAGUAAACACACGAUUUCUCUCUCUAGAAUUUGUCUCUCAAACAGCAUCAUUGUAGAGUGUAAGGCAUAGCUUGCGUGCAAGUGACAACGCUUCGAUUCGCUUUCUUUUGCGGAUGUGCAUUUGAUUCACACAUCUAAUCUUUCCACUUCGCUGUCCCGAUCACCUUUUUCUCCAACAACACUUUCUUCUCUUUUGUUAUUUUCCCUCUUUCCCUUCAUAUCCUGUCUUAUGAGCGCUCCUGUGCCUGUUUUCGUGGUUACGUAGAAAUGAAUACAACUAUACAUUACACGUAUUUUG